AUGACAGGCUGCAAACUUCCAGGAUACAUAUCAUCAAUACCCACCAAAUACCAAACAGUGGUGAUAAGCAAUGAGGAUAAGAAAGGGUUCUUGUCACAAGCUAAGAGGUUCCUUUCAGAAGACAGUCAGAAUGAAAACCCAGGGCCAGGCACAUAUAUGUCUCACAGGCCUGCUGAAAUCAGCAGCCCCUCCUUUUCAAAGAAAGGUACAGGAGGCUUUGCAUCCCAGGCUGUCAGAGUUCCCCGUAACCCUCAGAGAGGUAUCCCAGGACCAAAUGCCUAUAACCUGCAGUCCUCUCUGAUCCACAAACACAGCUUCGGCAGGGGAGGCUCCAGAACUUUCCGACUGCCAGUGGCUGUACAACAUGAUGGCCCUAAGAACAAGACACCAGCCCCUAAUCAAUAUCAUGUGUCUUUAGAUGGGGUAAAGCCAAACACGUUAGUGUCCGCUCAAUCAGUAUUUCUGUCAAAAACUGGACGGAGUUCUAUGUGCUCAAACACUCUAAAAGGACCAUCGCCAUGUCACUACAAAGUCAAUGAUGCCAUAACUCAGAAAUGCCCCAAGGUUCCCCUCUCCUGCUUCAAGUCCAACUCUGUGAGGAUCCAGUCCCCUGUGAAUAACCAUGUCCCAGGCCCAGGCACCUAUAGUGCCUACCUGGCCCCAGAGCCAGUCAGGAGAACCAUCCUACCGAGGAGACAUUACCUGGGAAUAUCAGCUCCCCCUCUGAUUCUUCUGAAGAACCCUCCCCUGCCUGGCCCUGGGCAGUAUGAUUUAGUGAACUAUGGAGACCCAACCAAGCACUUCAUGUCCAGUGCCGUGUUUGUUUCUGGGACAAGCCGUUGGACCCAGGAUGUGCGCGGCCAAGGAGUUCCAGGGCCAGGUUACUAUGAACCAGACACAUCAUCAAAGCGGUCUUUCUUAUACAAUUACUCCAACAACUGGAUUCCAGCAUGAAGCACUUGAGGCAACUCACAUUGCUUUUGUGUGGGUGUUUUUGCAUGUGUUCACACCACACUGUGCAUAUAUUUACUAGUGUACUUUAUGUGAAAUUGUAUUGUGGUUGAGUGGCUUGGUGUGGGAGUUUGUUUCUGCAUGUGAGGAAGGUUUUGUACAAUGUUUUCAUGUGCAUUCCAUGUACUGUACGCAUGUGUUUCACUGUGACUAAAGAGAAGGAUACAAAUCACUUCAUAUUUCCAU